CUCUAGUUCGAACUCAAACAAAAGGCGGGUUGUUAUUGGUUCAUUCAAAAACAGCGGCAUUUGUGAAGAAAAUCGAUGAGAAUAAGACAAUAGCAAAGAUUCAAUCACAAUGGAAGACUACAUAAAAAUAGAGAAAAUUGGAGAGGGUACUUAUGGAGUAGUAUACAAAGGAAAAAACAAAAAAACAGGUAGAUUGGUAGCCUUAAAAAAGAUCAGAUUGGAAUCAGAAGAGGAGGGGGUACCAUCUACUGCUAUCAGAGAGAUCUCCCUACUGAAGGAGUUGCAGCAUCCUAACAUUGUAUGCCUAGAAGAUGUUCUGAUGCAGGAAAACAAGCUCUACCUUGUGUUUGAGUUUUUAUCGAUGGAUCUGAAACGUUAUAUGGACACCAUUCCUAAUGGACAGUUUAUGGACAAAAUGCUCGUUAAGAGUUACUUGUACCAGAUCCUUCAGUCAAUCCUCUUCUGUCAUCAGAGGAGAGUCCUCCAUCGUGAUCUAAAACCCCAGAACUUGUUGAUUGAUAACAAAGGAGUCAUCAAAUUAGCAGACUUUGGCUUGGCCAGAGCCUUUGGAAUUCCAGUCCGUGUUUACACUCAUGAGGUUGUGACCCUGUGGUACCGCGCCCCUGAGAUCCUGCUGGGUAGUCAGAGGUACUCCACCCCCGUAGAUAUCUGGAGUGUGGGGUGUAUAUUUGCUGAAAUGAUGACAAAACGACCCUUAUUUCACGGGGAUUCAGAAAUUGACCAGCUCUUCAGGAUAUUCAGGACGCUGACCACACCAACAGAUGAUGUUUGGCCGGGAGUGACAUCAUUACCUGACUACAAACCUACCUUCCCUAACUGGAAAACCAAUCAGUUAGCCAGCGCUGUCCAGAGGCUAGAUAAUACAGGCCUCGAUAUUCUACAGCAAAUGUUGAUUUAUGACCCAGCAAGCAGGAUAUCAGCUAAGAAAGCCCUGAAUCACGUCUUCUUUGCCAACCUGGAUAAAUCAGCCUUACCAGCAUCUACCAUCACCAACUGAUCAUCCCCAGACACAUCACACAAACCACAACGACAUCACACUGUUACUCCUCCAUCUUAAGCUGAUCUUCCUGGCCCUGACACCUUACUACAACACACAAGCCGAACAAGAACACCAAACUUACUGUAUCAGUGUGUCCUCACUGUGCUUUCUGUAGUUUGUUAUAUCCCACCUAAGAUAAAAUCUACUUAAGUCUAUGUAUAUUUGUUAGUUGCAGACAAGUUUGGACAUUUUGGCUUUAAGCAUGUUUAAUGUAAUCUUUCAGUGCCAUUUAAACUUUGUGUCUUUAAUAAUAUGAAGACAGUUAUUUUA